AUGAACGACGUACCACCGCACCAACGCAAUACAGGCAUGGUAUUUCAGAACUAUGCCCUGUGGCCCCACAUGUCCGUCGCCGAAAACAUUGAAUACGGACUAACGCUUCGGAAACUCGAAAAAACGGAACGAAACGAAAAAAUCACGAGCGCGCUUGAAAUGGUACAGAUGGAAGAUUUUCGGGACCGCGCCGUCAACACACUCUCUGGUGGACAACAGCAGCGUAUCGCCCUCGCCCGUGCCCUCGUUAUUGAACCGAGUGUCCUACUCCUCGACGAACCGAUUAGUAACCUUGAUGCCGCACUCCGACAGCAAAUGCGCGACGAAAUAAAGCAGAUCCACGACCGUACCAACAUUACAAUGUUCUACGUCACACACGAUCAGGUGGAUGCCCUCUCUAUGGCGGAUCGGAUGGCAAUUAUGCAGGACGGUGUCGUUAUCCAAGUCGGCACACCGCGUGAGAUAUAUAAGUGUCCAAAGAACGCUUUCGUUGCCAGCUUCGUCGGGGAAACCAAUUUUAUUUCAGGCAAGGUCGAGCAGGCAUCAAACGGUAGUGCCACUAUAGAAACACCCGCCGGAAUACUUCACUCCACAAGCGUUUAUCACGAACUAACACACGGGACACCUGUGCAGUGUUCAAUUCGACCAGAGGCACUUAUUGUUGACGACGGCCAGAAUGGCGGAAACCGUAUGGAAAAUAGGAUAACCGCGACAGUUGCUGCGGUCACCUAUUUGGGCGGGAUAGAGGAAUAUCAACUGAUGGUUUCCGCAGACAUUCCCCUUAAAGCCGUCCACUACAAUCCCAGCACAGAAACUAAAAAGCCCGGAGACACCGUGCAACUUACAAUAUCAGCAGAGGCAGUUAUCCCACUCCCAUGCGACUAA